AUGACGCAAAGAUUUCUUUCGAUCUCUUUGCUCAUUAUCGCUUUGACUACCGUUACACUCAGUAUGAUUCUGAACGAGUGGAGUUGUGGAGGUCUUUUUACCAGCUGUUUGGACAGGCGUCGAGCCACCACGAUUGCAAUCAUCGGUUUGUUCUGUAGUGGAUUGGUCGCGUUAUUCUUAGCCUUGAUUCUUGACCUGAUCAACUGCUGUGCACAAAAGUUGGACUAUAACCCGAGUUUCACCACAACACGGCUGUGUGCACUCUUGAUUGGUGUAAUUCUGAUUCUUGCGGGGCUUCUUGUCUAUACGGCACAAAUCGAUCACCAAUGGUCUUACCUUCUGGCUACGAUUGGUGUUGUGUUUGCCAUGCAAGUUUCAUUUCUGGCGCUCGUGAAUUCCCAGUGUGUCACUUACCGACGUGGUGUAAGGACCACGACUGUUGCCCGGUGA